ACGGGCACGGAUACACGGCAGCAGAGAAACACGUAUACGCGAAGGCAUAUAUCGUCAUACACACUACAAACGAACACUUUAGUUCGUGCUCUAACACCAACACAGACGCGUAGUUUUUUCCCAUGUUUUUCGCUUCGUCUCGCGCGACGACGAGCCCGUACAAAACUCGCGAGGAAGGUCCGUCUCGUGUUGUCGAAGUUCCUGAGGAUUGAAGAAUCGCGUGGUUGGAGUACCGGCCCCUGCUCUUUGAUUAUCACCAGCCUCGAGGUGAAUUUUUAAUACGAACGCGCGCCAGUCCACGACACACGAGCCCCUGUGCGCCAACGAGAAACGCCAGCGUAUAUGAUAUUCUAUACGGAAAAUGAGUCGACAUGAUGGGGUAAGCUGUGACUCCUGCAUGAAAGGAAAUUUUCGGGGUCGCAGAUAUAAGUGCCUAGUGUGCUACGACUAUGACCUGUGCGCCAGUUGCUACGAAGCGGGUGCUAUUACGACUCGUCAUCUUGCGGAUCAUCCCAUGCAAUGUAUUCUCACGAGAUCAGAUUUUGAAUUAUAUUAUGGAGGGGAAGGAGUGAGCAUUGAACAGCCUCAAUCGUUGACUUGUCCGUACUGUACAAGAAUGGGUUUUACAGAAACAACGCUGCAGGAGCAUAUUACUGUUGAUCAUGCCGAUGCUUCGGUUGAAGUUAUUUGUCCAGUAUGUGCGUAUUUACCUGGUGGUGAGCCAAAUCUUGUUGUGGAUGAUAUUGCUGGCCAUUUAACUCUGGAGCAUCGUAGUGGAUCAAGAGAUUUAAUAACAUUUCUCGACGAAUCAAGUUCGAAUCGACAUGGUGUUCGGCGGAUAACUCAUUCGACAAGAGGUGUCAGUGCAUCAAGACCUCGCAGGUCUAAUAUGCAUUUUAGUUCCUCGGGUGGACUUAGCCCAAGUAAUAGAGAUGGGAUUGACCCAAUAACUGAAUUACUUUCACAAUUAUCUGGAGUUCGAAGAUCUGGAGCUAGUAGUAGCGGAAGUGGAAAUGCAGUUCAAAAUUCAUCUGCACCCUCGCAAUUACAACAAUUACAAAUGCAAUUACAACUUGAACGUCAGCAAGUCAGAGCUGUAAGGCAGCAAUUAGAACGAUUGCCAAAAAGGCAAACUCAAGUAAUAGGUUCGGUUACGGGUGGUGCUAGCAGUAGUGGAAAUCAUUCAAACACUAUAUCUAGUGUUGUGGCAAACAAUACAACUAGUAAUAAUAAUGUUGCUAGCGCUGCUAAUCCAUCCAGUGUUUCAGCGUCUAACCCACAGAACUCUACGUUUCUACUUCCUCGGUGCAUAGCAAGCGCGCCAUCGGAUACGCAGCUGCAGAGCAUCGAGAGAGAGAGCGCGAACCGUAGUUUGUUCACGCGGGAGCUCGUGGUGAGUACUCUGGUGGAAGCACUCCCGGACCUUGCGGUCGCCCAGCAGCAGCCGGCUUCGAGCACGCAAACGCCGAGCGUGUCAACGAGCACGAGCAGCCCGGAAACACCGAGCGCGACGAGCUCCUCGCUCACUGCCCAGCAAUCGACGUCCAAGAAGCCGUCCGACGGCUCCUCGUCCACCAACACCACCACCACCACCACAACCACAACAACCACCACCACCACCACCACAACCACCACCACUACCACCACCUCGCAGGCGGCACCGGCGAACAGCUUACAUCAGGGGCUGCCCGCUAAUCCGAGCGCGGUCACGACUCAGAGCACCGCGCCUGUUGUACAAACACUAAUGCACGUUAUACCUCAGCCACUGGUACUGCAGCAACCACUACCAAUAAGAAAUACCGGUACCGGUACAAUCAGGGAACAGAUGGCCACGCCACCGGCGACCGCUUACCUCCGAGGCGGCGUUGGACCCGUAGGCGUCACCACGGGUCCGUCGCGCCGGAAACCCGUGAGGACCGUCGACGGCCGAAAUCAGUCGACGGAGCCGCCGCCCCCGCACUAACGAGGCCUCGAUCGUAUCCCGUCCGCCACCCUCCACCCCUUCUUUCUCCUCUUUCUCCGUUACCGCCGCCACCGCCACUACUACUACUA